CGUCGUACUCUCGUUCAACAGAAGCUAAACACAUGUACAAUGCAAAGUUUACUUAUAGGGGUGAAAUGGCGGGAGUGAUUCAUUUUUUUCGUCACCGGCUACCUGGUUUAUCAGAUCAGUCAAUCAAAAGAAAACUUGUGUUUUAUCACUCCAGUACUUAUUGAAAAUGGCAAGCGCAAGUCGAGCUGACAUCAUUCUGAGCCCUGAAGAGAGCUCCUCGAGCAGCAGCAGCAGCAGCAGCAGCGAGAGCAGCGCCAGCAGCCGGGAGGCGUCGCCGGUGCGAGUGGCCGACCCACCAUCCUCAUCAUCUGCUAAGAAAUCUAAGAAAAGGAAAACGGAGAAAGAAAGAAAGCCUGCUGCCCCCGCUAAAAAACGGUCUAAGAAAGAAAAUACAGAAAAAACUUCAAAGAAACGGGAUGGAACUACUAAGUUGAAGAAAGAAAACCAAGUGAAGGCUGCAACGCAACUUGAAUCUCGACCGAGUACUUCAUUGAAAACCACAGCUAAGGACAUUAUGGGCGUAGAUUCGGAUAUCGAUGAGGACUUAUUGAACAAUGGUAAAAAAAGUGACUUAAUCUCAUAUUUUAGUCGGCGUGUGGCUAAUGGUAUAUCUAAACAAACCCAUCCCGAUUUGCAGGGUACACAUUUUAUUGACUUGAAACUUUAUAUGUGUAGCGAAAUUGAAAAUGUAAGUCCGAUGAAUAGGUGGCGUCAUUCAAUUGUGACUGUAAAAGCAAAAUCGAAUGACGAUUCAGAUGCUUGGAAGUAUUUAAUUAAGUUUUUACAGGAGAUUAAGAAAGAUUUUAAGGAUUCUCCUGUGACUUAUGUUAGCUCAUAUAAUCAGAAUAAUUAAAAUAUAUUAUCAUUUUAUUCAUAAUAAUUAAAAUGUAUUAUUUUUCAAUUUACUUAAUAAUUAUACAGUUCUACAUCUUAUUUAACCAAAUAUUAACUAUUUACUUACUCGUUUAAAUAAAUAUAAUCCUUAUAACUUACUCUUAUUACAAAUAAAAAUAAAAUACAAUUAACAGUAUCUUUA